AGCCUACCUUGUCGUCAGCCCAGUUUGACUCGUCCUAUCCCCAGCUGAUAAUGCAUGGAAUUAAUAUUGAUGGCAUUGUACAUUGUACUUGACACUUGAUUAUUUUCAAUUUGAAGAGUUUUUAAUCAUCUUCUUUGGUUAUAUAAAGUUGUCUGAAUAUACAUUGAUUGUAUUAAAAAAUAUCUAUAUUAAUUUGUAAUAGAUGUCAACCACCGCUUUAUCAAUUAGAAUUUUGAAAUUGUACACUGAGCUCUGAACUGAACAGUAGGCUAAAAUUUGGAAGCAUACCCGAUUAGUAUCAUAACAAAAUGCAAAGUGUUAUUAAUACUGUAAAAGGGACUGCUCUCGGUGUUGCUGAGUAUUUAACACCUGUUUUAAAGGAAUCGAAAUUUCGUGAGACGGGAGUGAUCACUCCUGAAGAGUUUGUGGCGGCCGGCGAUCACCUGGUGCAUCACUGCCCCACCUGGCAGUGGGCGUCCGGGGACGAAGCCAGGGCCAAGACCUACUUGCCCAAGACCAAACAGUUUCUCAUCACCAAGAAUGUGCCCUGCUCACGAAGGUGCAAAGAGAUUGAGUAUUGUGACGAGCAAGAGAAAAUUCUAGAGCCUGAUGAUCCUGACGGUGGCUGGGUGGACACUCACCACGUGGACCCCACUAGUGGCCUCGACGAAAAUGUCUCCGAAAUGACAUUAGACUCAAACACAACUGUUGAGAGGGUCAAUGAUUCACCUCCAUCUGGAGACUUUCAGACGAAGACCACAAACGCCAAUAAUAAUGUCGAUGAUGAUGAUGAUGACGAUGAUGAUAACGAAGAAGCAGCCGACAUGGAAAUGUUUGAGGAAAGUGGUCUUCUAGACGAGGAGGAUGAGGCGACUGCUGAGGAUGUCAAAAUCGAAAAAGAUGAAAGAAAUGCUGUAGGUGACGGCGAGAUAGUCAAAACCAGAACGUAUGACUUACAUAUCACAUACGACAAAUAUUACCAGACUCCGCGAUUAUGGCUUUUUGGUUAUGAUGAGAACCAUAAGCCACUGAAUGUUGAACAGAUGUAUGAAGAUGUGAAUCAAGAUUAUGCGAAGAAAACUGUGACAAUGGAAACACAUCCGCACGUUCCAGGGCCUCCCAUGGCUUCUGUCCAUCCUUGCAGGCACGCUGAAGUGAUGCAGAAGAUAAUUCAGACCGUAUUGGAAGGAGGAGGCGAGCUAGGUGUUCAUAUGUAUUUGAUAAUUUUUCUGAAAUUUGUUCAAUCAGUCAUUCCAACUAUAGAGUAUGAUUACACACAAAAUUUUACAAUGUGGUCUAAAACGCUGUGAUUCUAAUAUACUAGUUAAAUUCCAACAAAUUUAACUUGAAUUUAAGGCAUCUGAAAACGGCAAACGAAGAUUAUAAUCUAUGGAUAACGAAAAGUUGGUUGAAAUCAGAGAUAAUUUUAAAGGAGAGCAAAACAUAAAAUGUUAUAAAAUUGUAAAAAUUUGACGUUUCAAAUGUCUUUUAUUGAGAAUAUAUGCUAUAUUAAUAUGAAA